UUGCCCCGAGCGAUCCAAGUGGUAUCGGGGGCAUGCGUCGCGAGUAUGUUCGCGCAUGUCCAAUAUGGAGAAAUGAGUACCCUCGUUAUGAUUGUGUCUUCGUCAACACGAAUCCGGAUCUCGACGGGAUGAGGGGUAUGGACGUUGCGCGAGUGUUGAGUUUUUUCUCUUUCACAUACAAGGCUGAAUUAUACCCAUGCGCAGUUGUGCGGUGGUUCGAUACAAUUGGAGAUUCACCCAACGAAGACAACGGAAUGUGGAUGGUACAGCCUGCUCAUCACGCGAACAACUCUCCCCAUAUUUCCAUCAUUCAUAUUGACUCAAUCUACCGCGCCGCACACCUUAUUCCUAUAUACGGUACUCAAUUUAUUCCUCCGCAACAUCAGCACCAUCAGACUUAUGAUGUUUUCCGCAAGUUCUACAUCAGCAAAACACUAAAUUUAGCACAGCUACCGUGGCAGCUUACAGCAUCUUACAGCACCUUACAGCAGUUGCAGGCACCUGUAGUGAUGUGUAGCGACCACGUGCAGUGCACAAUGACAUAA